UCAACACGGCGGCACGUCGGGACAGCUCAGGCUCCUCAGGCUCCUCACACCAACGAGGAUCUGGUCACGGUUAAUCAUGAAGAAGGAAGUGGUGCCCCACUGGAACCUUUCAGUCAAAGUGCUGCGGGGAAAGUUCCGUUAUUCACAUGACUACUUGUCCGAGUCUGACCUCUACGUCACCUUGCGCCUGCCCACGGCUUCGGCCCGUACUCUCCGUACCAGAUGUAUCCCUAACAACAACAAACCCCAGUGGAACGAAACUUUCCAUUUUCGUGUGCAUGGCCAGGUCAAGAAUAUUCUGGAGUUAAACGUCUAUGACCAAGACAUAUUACAAGACGACCUCUGCACCAGUAUCCUGUUCGACAUCAGCAACCUCACACUGGGACAGAAGGAGACCAAAGUCUUCAUCACUGAUGAUAAGGCCCAGCAGGAUGUGCCAGAGAGCGAGAAGACAAAGGAUGAGCUGUGGGUGGAAUUUGAGAUAACAGAGAGUUCUGAAGAACCUGGACAGUACCUCUCUAAUGGAGUUUUAGUGGCAGCCCCACUGUCCACUCUGGAGGUCAAGUUAGACAUAGAGCCACCCCCUGAAGGUCAGGACCUGGUGCUAAGCCUAAAAGGUGCAUAUAAAGAAGACCACAUCAUCUCUCCAUCCAAAAAAAUGGGCCUCCUGCAAACGCUUCGCUACUACAUCAACAGAGACCUGGAGACUGAGAUUGGAUUCAGAACACACAGCUCAAAGCCUGUUGAGGAAGAUGGUGAAAAGGGCCCUGAUCAAGUGUCUGUCACUGUAACCCCUUUUACACCAAAAACUGAGCUGACUCUCUCUCUCCCUGUGGCUGAGCGUAAUGUAGAUUUGCAUUUGAAGACAACAGACAGCUCUGAAAAGGACCUCAGCGUUCGUCUGGAUUUUGAUAUUUCUGAAGCAGAGAAGGUGUUUUUGAUGAAGAGGAAAGAAGUGGCAUCCCGCGCUCUGAAGAGAGCUCUGAACCUCAACACUAAUCCUGAUCCCAGCAGGGUGCCAACUGUAGCCGUGGUCUGUUCUGGUGGAGGUACCCGGGCCAUGACCUGCACGCUUGGCUCUCUGAGGGGCCUGCAGAAACUGGGCCUGCUGGACACGGUCAGCUACAUCACAGCAGUGUCCGGUGCCACCUGGGCGGUGUCGUCCCUGUAUGGUGACCCGGGCUGGUCAGUGAAGAAGAUGGAUGAGGGGAUGCUAUCCGUGCAGAAGGAGCUCAGUAAGAGCAUGUCCAGCCUGUUCUCUCCACGGCUGCUGCAGUAUUACAGUAGUGAGCUGGAGCAGAGAGAGAGAGAGGGACACCCCGUCUCACUCAUAGACAUGUGGGGACUCUUCCUGGAGCAGCUCAUCUUUGGCAAGAAGAAAGCAUGUACACUUUCUGACCAGCAGAGGGCAGUCUCUGAGGGCCAGAACCCUCUCCCCAUCUACACAGCAGUCAACACGAAGCAGGAUGCCAGUGUUUCCAUGAUGGCUGAGUGGUGCGAGUUUACGCCGUUUGAGGUGGGAUUUCCCAAAUAUGGAGGCUUCAUCCCUGCAGAGAAUUUUGGGAGCGAGUACUACCUGGGUCACCUGAUAAAAAAACUCCCAGAGACCCGCAUCUCCUUCCUUCUGGGUACAUGGAGCAGUAUUUUCUCCCUGAACCUGACGCAGUUGUGGAGAACCAUGACUGGAGUGAUGCCGUCUUGGACUCCAUGGCUGGGGGAGCAGGUUAGCAGUAUCGAGAGGGACCAUAAACCUGCAACAUUGGACACUCUGCGGGUCAGUCCUGAGGCGGUGGUUUUGAGCAGCUUCAUGAACAGCCGGCCCGUCAUCAGCAAAGCCUUUAACUUCCUCAGAGGUUUCUUCCUGCACAACUGCUACAGUGAGCACUCCACCUUCACCUCCUGGAAGGAUACUCACCUGGAUGCAUUUCCAAACAAGCUGACCCCGAUGGACUCCAGACUGGGUUUGGUAGACUCUGGCUUUGCCAUUAAUGCAGGCUUCCCUCCGGUGCUGCGGUCACACAGACGUGCAGACGUCAUUCUGUCCCUCAACUACUCCUGGGAUAGUGACCAGUUCAAGGUCCUGAAGCAGACGCAGCAGUACUGCACUGACCACCAGGUGGCAUUCCCCAAGAUAGACUUUAACAAGGUGGCAUCAGAGCUGCAGAGGGAGGUGUACGUGUUUGAGGAUGAGGACAAUCCUGAAGCUCCCAUUGUGCUUCACUUCCCUCUGACUAACGUCUCCUUCCGACAGUACAAAACCCCAGGUGUGAGGAGACAGGGAGAGAAGGAGCUGAAGGAAGGAGACGUUGAUGUUAGCACUUACGCCUCUCCAUAAGUCACCAAGAACCUGACCUAUGCUCCUCAAGACUUCCAGAGACUGACUGACCUCGCCUCCUACAACAUCCUCAACAACAGAGACAUCAUCACUCGGGCACUGCAGAAAGCUCUACACAGGAAAAGACGCAAUGAGCAGCCAGACAGCCCGGCCAGCCUGGCCAGCUCGAACAACACAGUCUGGACACGAAUUGUAACUAGCAUAACGUCCCUGCUCUGACCUAAGAAGUAACUGUACAGCUGUAGGGAUAAUUUUAAUAAUAAUAACCUGUCUGACAUCAGCUCCAGGUGAGAGUAUCGCUUGCGUGUGUCUGUUCAAUUGCCGCUCCUCUUUUUGGUUAGCUGUUUUGAAUUUCGAAUCUUUCUACUGUUAGCUCUUUUCCAGUCCCGGUUGUCUGUGCGACAUUCACUGCUGCUGUCCUACUCUGCUUCUCGGCUGACUGCGGCGGCCUUCAUCGCCGCUGCGCUACUCUGCUCAACGGUUGUCUGUGGCGGCACUCACCAAUGUUCUGCUACCCUGCUCCCUGGCUGUCUGUGGCAGCAUUGACCGCUAUUGUACUACUCCGCUUCUUGGCUGACUGCUUUGACCUUCAUUGCUGCUGCAAUACUUUACUCCUCAGCUGACUGCAGUGGCCUUCACUGACCGCUGUGGCCUUCACUGCCACUGCGCUACUCUGCUCCUUCGCUGACCGCUGUGGCCUUCACCGCCACUGCGCUACUCUGCUCCUUCACUGACCGCUGUGGCCUUCACUGCCACUGCGCUACUCUGCUCCUUCGCUGACCGCUGUGGCCUUCAACGCCACUGCGCUACUCUGCUCCUUUGCUGACUGCUGUGGCCUUCACCACUUUUGCGCUAGUCUGCUUCUCGGCGGACCAUAAGCUGCGCUCACCGCUGAUGACUUGCUAAGUAAUCACUUUUAAUUUUGCUGGUUAAUUUUGUGUAUAAACCUCUCCUAUUUAAUAAUGCACUUGUUGAACUCCAUGGCAUUGCUGUUAGCCAUUAGCCGUUUAUAUUCUCUGUGUUUGUUUCUGGUUAGUCCAAGAUUUGUGUGCUAUACUCGUUCUGAGCUACAUAGGUUCAAUAAUUCCAAUUGCCUCUCUAAAGCGGCUGCUGUAUUUGCCUGUAAAGCACGUAUAUUUUCCCAACGUCAUUGUGUCCACUGGCGCUCGAGAAGGUAUCGUAAUAGGUCCUUUCACUUUUCGGAAGGCACUAAUAUAUGUUAAUUCUGGACAUCAUCUUGUUCAGUCAUUCAUGAUGCAUGUCUGUAACAUGGAGCAAUGAGGAGCCGGACGCAUAUGCGGAGAAAAGCAAGAUUUAUUCAGGGCAAAUCCAGGGUUGUGGUCAUAACAGUCCAGGUUCAACGAGCCAACAUGGAGAAAUGGAGGGACAGACAUAACGAAAUAAACACGGACUGAAACACACAACGGAGGCCAGAAUAAAAAAACACUAGCAUACAAAACACUUCCAACAGCACAAACAUUACAUCCAAGGACCAGGAAACACAGGGCUUAAAUACAAAUAGGGAUAAUGACAGAAAACAGGAUACAGGUGGAAAACACAGGUGGCAACAAUCAGGGGCGGAGUUAGAAAACAAGGGAGCAGGACUGGGAGGUAAACACAAGCACAUGUAGGACUGGAAGGUAAAUAGACGCACAUGGAAGACUGGGAGGGGCCAAUCGUGACAAUGUCAUACUGCCAAUUUAUGUAACCCACGCUCUCUGCCUCAUACAACUCCUGGCACCUCUUUUGCACUCUUGAAUGUUCACUCUCUUUCUAGCAAAUCACCCGCGCUGCAGGAGUGUAUACUCAAUAAUAUGACUGACAUGCUCUUCCUAGCCGAAACCUGGCAACAAGCUGGUGACCUUUUCGCUUUAAACCAAUCAACUCCCACUAAUUUCAAAUACAGUUGUAAAUCCUGUUCCUCUGGGCGAGGAGGAGGUCUGGCUGUAAUUUAUAACAGUAAAAUCAUUAUUGCUGAACUUAGCCUUACAGCUGUAACCUCUUUGGAAUAUCUUGCUUUGAAAUGACCCAAUUCCAUAAUUGCAGUAUUACUCUAUUGCCCUCCAAAGAAUAUUGCUCCUUUCUUUUCUGAACUAUCUGAGCUACCUACCUACAGUUUGUGAUUUCAGUGUUCAUUUAGGACUCUCAAGACUGCAAAACUGGGGGCCUUCGUGGGCUGGAGGUUAGGGAACCAGCCUUGUGACCAGAAGGUUGCCAGUUUGAUCCCCUCAGCUGACAGUCC